AUGGGCUCUCCAUUAACAUUAACAGUUGCUAAUUGUUAUAUGUUUUUUUUUGAACAAGAUAUCAUAAAACAAAUUAACAAUGGUGAUAGAUUGUAUUUGCGAUAUAUUGAUGAUAUAUUUAUUACGAUUAAUUGGCCUACUCAACAUUUAUUGAAAGAAAUUUAUCGAUGGAAUAAAUUUGAUUCAAGCAUUAAAUUAGAAGCACAAGUUGGUUAUUCAACAAAUUUUCUUGAUUUAUAUAUAGAAAAUAAAAAUGACGAAUUAUUUACAGAAGUUUAUCAUAAACCAUCUUACGAGUCAUAUUAUUUACCUUUUAAUAGUGUUUAUUCUACGCAUAUAAAAAAGAAUAUUCUAUUUAGUAUGUUAAUUCGCACUAUUAAAUAUUGUUCAAUAUUCGAAGCAUAUUUAAAUGAACUUGAAAAAUUAAGAAUGAUUUUUUUAUUAAAUAAAUAUCCUGGCGAAUUUAUAGAGAAACAAUUUAGCUAUGUAUUUCAAAAAUAUAAUAUUAAUCAACCAUUAUCGACAAAAAAUUAUAAUACAUUGCGAGAGAAGAUGAUCUAUGUAGAUAUGAAAGAAAAAUUCCAAUUGAUUAUAGUAAAACAAUGUUCGUUGAUUUUACGUAUUGUUUAA